UACGUUUAGCAUUUUUACUAUGUUUGAGCUAGCCGUCCGACGUCGUACGGGUAGACACUUCCUAUGAUCACAGAGUAUACUCCGUGCGUAUGAUUUUAAAAAUAAACACUUUCAGCGAACGUAAGCAAAAAGAAAAAGAAUGUGGCAUAGAAUAAAGAGUUUUGGUUUUAUGUUUUCCCAUUUUCCAAAAGUGCUUAAAAUUUCAAAGAAGGAAAGAUUUGCCUGUGUUGCUGUAGCAAGCUCUGUGGUAGUUUAUCAUUACAUUACCCAUAAUAAGGUUUAUUUAGCAACAUCCUUCACUGGAGAAAAUGAGGUAAAUUUCAUGGCUGAUCCAAUAACAGACCAGAAUGAUUUAAAGAAGAAAAGCUCUACUGAUAUGAAAGCUAGAAUGGAACUUAUGAUUUUAAAAGCCCAGGCUGACUUUUGCAAAGCUUUGGAGAAAUAUGAAGAGAGAAAAUUUCGUGUAGAUCGUUGGGAAAGGCCUGAAGGAGGUGGUGGAAUAACUUGUAUAAUGGAGGAAGGCGAAGUAUUUGAGAAAGCUGGUGUCAAUAUAUCUGUUGUGCAUGGAGUAUUACCCCCAGGUGCAGUUCAACAAAUGAGAGCUAGGGGCAAAAAUUUUUCCAACUCAGAUAAACUUCCAUUUUUUGCUGCUGGUAUCAGUUCUGUUAUACAUCCUCGAAAUCCAAAUGUACCUACUAUACAUUUUAAUUAUCGAUACUUUGAAGUGCAGAAUGAUGAUGGCACAACAACUUGGUGGUUCGGAGGUGGUACAGAUAUGACUCCUUACAUUUUAAAUGAAGAUGAUUGUCGACACUUUCAUCAGACUUUGAAGACUUGUUGUGAUAAGUAUGAUAAAUCAUACUAUAGUCGCUUUAAAAAGUGGUGUGAUGAAUAUUUUUAUCUUAGACAUAGAGGAGAAUGUCGGGGUGUUGGUGGUAUCUUCUUUGAUGAUUUGGACACUCCUAGUCAAGAAAGUUGCUUCCAGUUUGUUUCUACAUGUGCCAAUAACAUAAUUCCUAGUUAUAUACCAAUUGUUGAAAAGAAUAAAGACAAAGGAUAUUCAUAUGCAGAUCGACAUUGGCAACUUUUACGUAGAGGAAGGUAUGUUGAAUUUAACUUGAUUUAUGACAGAGGAACAAAAUUUGGAUUGAUGACUCCUGGAGCCAGAUAUGAGAGUAUUUUAAUGUCUCUGCCACCUUUUGCUAAAUGGCAGUAUUGCCAUACUCCAGAUGAAAAAUCUAAAGAGUAUAAGCUGUUGGAAGUAUUACAGAAACCAAAAGACUGGGUUUAAUAGUUCUGUUCAUA